CUUGGCUUGGUUCGACGUGGUUUGGUCGCUGCAACGCGCAAUCCUCCCACACCGUCUCCCCCGUCUCGCCAUCCCCCAACACCCAAACCCUAGAGACGCAGCGCCGCCGCCGCCGCCGCACCACCACCACCACCACCCGCACCGAGAUGAGGCCGCGCGGCAGGGGAGACGACGUCGACGACGAAGACGACGAGGACGAGUACGAGGACAUCACGCCGCCGCGGAGUACGCCGGAGCCCGAGGUCGACCCGGCCCCCGCGCCCUCGCCCUCACCCGCCCCCGACCCCGUACCCGCUCUGCCGCAGCCCGCGCGGGCCCCGCUCAGCAGCCUCGUUGUCAAGCCGCCGCCGCCGCCGCCGCAGGUGAACGGCGGCGGGUCGUCCCCGCCCUCUCCCGCCGCCCGCACUGCUCGUUCGCCCUCGCCCGUUGGCGGCGGCGGCCACCGCGGCCGCGGGGCUUCGCCCCCGCGGCACCGGCGGGAGUUGUCGCCGCCGCGCCCCCGAGGCUGGGAGAGGCGCCGGUCACCGCCGCCGGAGAGGCGGCGUCCUGGGAGCCCCCCGCUCCAGCGCCGCCGCUUCAGCCCACCGCCCCGGUUCCAGCCUCUACGGCAACCACGCUUCCACGACGAGCAGCAAGGAUAUGGAAUGCAUGGAGGCCCUUCGCCACCGCGCCCACGCAGACCAGAAGGCAGCAAAUUUGAUGAUGCAGGUCCACGUUACACCCAUGGUUAUCAAGGGGGUGGUAGAGGAGGUGUGAGGUUCCGAGAGGGUUCUCCACCAUACGGAAGAGGAGGCAGAUCUUACGGGAGAGGCUAUGGUGCUCCUCCUGGAAAAGAUUUCAUUAAUAUUGAUGGAGAAUAUGUUCACAGGAAUGAUCCAAAUUUGUCGCCAAGAGAAGGUGAUUGGAUAUGCCAGAAUCCAAAUUGUGGAAAUCUCAAUUUUGCUCGGCGCACUCACUGUAACAACUGCAACAAGUUCCGCUAUUCAGCACGUGAAGCAUAUGAACCUAGGCGUAGCCCUCCAAGGGGUUACCCCAGCCCUCCUCCCCGAGGGCCUCCAAGGAUGGUUGGUCCACCUGGUGAUCGAGCCCCCCCAAGAGAGAUGGCCAGGUACAGAUCACCACCUCAUGGCUGGGGUGCAGGUGAAUCUAGGGGAUAUGCAGCUCGAUCCCCUCCAGAACGACCAGUACGGUUUACAGAUGCAUCACCUAAGGAAAGAAUGGGCUUCCGUGGCGAGCGCGACUUGAGGGACCGUGCAAAGUUUGAGUGGUCUGCCACUGAUGACUAUGGUCGGAGGGAGCGCCCACAUGAUGGUUAUAUUGACAGGAGUCGGCGUCGCUCAGGGUCUCCUCGGGCUAACUGGGGCAAUGAUCUGCGUGACAGAAGCCGCUCUCCUCCACGGAACAGACUGAUGAAGAGUUCCUUCACCGGCAGGGGUCGACCAGACAACUAUGCUGCUGAUCCAUAUGCAAGCCGAGGGAGACCCAACAGUAUGGAGGCUGGCCAUGGGCGCGGGCAUGGUUAUAGACCAGGAGGUGGCCCAUACCCCGGCGAGGGUAGAGGUGACCGACGCCCUGCUCCACGUGGUAGGAACGAAGAUAACUACUAGAUCAUCAUUUCAAAGCAGUUGAGCAAUUGCAUUUUCGUUUAGUUGGUCCCGAAAGGAAACCUAGUCAAGGUGGAGGUUGACGAUAUCUGCAGCCUGUAAUAUUAAAGAUUCCAUACUGUGUUCUGAACCGUGGUAACUGUGUUGCUCGAUGCUGUGAGGUUAUAAUUGACUUCUGUCACUAGGUGCAUGAUGUUUCAGAGGUCGACAAUUAAAGGUGAGUUCAGAAAUGAACAAACUCACUAUUCUUUAACCGUCUCUUGGAUGAUCAUGUGAGCUACUUGGGCUGUUUGGUCGUGGCAAUUGAUUAUAUGUUUCUCCUUUGCUGGGUCGGCACAUCCCUUGGAAGCAUCUAAGGUUGAUGAGCAAUUGAGCACAAUGCAACUUGGUAGUCUACAUGUUGCUAGCUUGGUCAGUUUACUCGAGUGGACAGCAUUAUUUCAGUGCAUGGGCAGAUGUGCAGAAGCACAUGAAUUUGUUUGGUUUAACGAGUGAAAAUGCGAGGAUCACUGAAGAUUCCUUCUGGUAGUGGCUGUGAUGUUUAUGUGAAGCCGUCAUCACUUUUUGGACUAUGAAGCAAUCUCAGCUCUGGAGUCUGGACUGAUAGUUCGCAGUGCUGUGUUCCACUUCCACAUGAUCUUGGUUCGUGGCCACCACGGAUAGUGAAACUGUUCCUGAGUGUACCCCACUGAAGAUGUGCCCUUCUAGUAUACAUUGAUGCCAUGGCAAAGCGAAUGUGCUUUCUGUUUAGGAUCGUCAUGGGAUCCUCGUGACGUCGAUGUUCAUUCGAGCUCUUUGCUGUGUCUUGUCACGGAGUAGGGUUCACCGGCAGUUGCCAACCUUUUCACUCUAAGUUUGAGAGAGGCCUGCAGGCUGCAAUUCAGAAUUAGCCAUGGUAAAUGCCAGUGUGCAAAGGUUUUCUUGAUCCGAAUUUCUUUUUUUUCUUUUUUAGCUAUUCCGAUAAGAACUACUCUCUAAUUCAAUGUAUAUAUAUCAUUAAUGGCACCAACGUGGUCUACUAAGUGAAGCUUCGAUCAACUAUAUCUAUCCAUUAAUAAUUAUUAAUGUACUUUUUA